ACCGCCGAUCCAGUUCUCCGUGCGGCUGCUGCAAUAUAGCGAGAAAAUACCGAGAGAUUCUAUUGUCUGGAUAUAUAUACAUAAACAACCCUCCGGUAUCCUGGAGGUUGCCCAUAACCUUCCGCCAGUGACUGACACCCGGUGACAGGAGGGCGGGGUCGGCCGGCACCGGGCUCCUCCUCCCCCGGUUGUCAUGUAGGCCGCGGCGGUACCCCGCUCCUGCUGUAUCUAAGAGGUUCUCCCCGGACGGGGGCACGUUGAGCUCACUGCCCAUUCAUUGCUAAGGGUGGAGAGAUGGUGGACGUUGGUGUCUGCGCUUCUGGCGAUAGCAUCAGAAGGAAAAUGGAUUCCUAUACGGACUGUGCUGUAGAAGUUGUUCCACUAGAACUUUAUGACUCAUUCAGAGCAAAGAUUGCUGCUAACUUACAGUGGAUAUGUGCUAAAGCUUAUGGGAUAGAAAAUGUCCCAGAGGAGUUAAAAGACCCAUUUUACAUAGAUCAGUAUGAGCAGGAGCACAUUAAACCACCGGUCAUCAAGCUGCUUCUCUCCAGCGAGCUGUACUGCCGCGUCUGCAGCCUGAUUUUGAAAGGGGACCAGGUGGCGGCAUUGCAGGGACACCAGCCCGUCAUUCAAGCUUUAUCUCGAAAAGGAAUUUACGUCAUGGAGAGUGAGGAUGCACCGGUGUCUGAAUCUGACCUCUGCUGUUCUCCAAUCAAAAUGAGUGCGCAUAUGUCUAUGAUUGAUGCCCUUAUGAUGGCAUACACUGUGGAAAUGAUCAGCAUUGAAAAAGUAGUUGCUAGCGUUAAACGGUUUUCUACAUUCAGUGCCUCCAAAGAACUACCGUACGAUCUUGAAGAUGCCAUGGUAUUCUGGAUAAACAAGCUGAAUCUCAAAAUGAGAGAAAUAUUGGAGAAAGAACAAAGACUAAAACAACAGAUCAUAGAAAGUCCUAGCCAUCAAAAGGUACGUUAUCGCAGAGAUCACCCUUCAAACAGGCAGCUACCCUACUUCCCAUUACUUGAAGAUUUAAUGAAGGAUAUUAGCGACGGUGCGGCUCUUUUAACAGUUAUACACUUUUACUGCCCGGAGCAGAUGAAGCUUGAUGAUAUUUGCUUAAAGGAGGUCACAUCGAUUGCCGAUAGCAUAUACAAUAUCCAGCUUCUCAAGGAAUUCGCCAACGAGUACUUAAACAAAUGCUUUUAUCUUACAUUGGAAGACAUGUUGUAUUCACCUUUAGUUCUUAAGCCUAACAUAAUGGUUUUCAUAGCUGAACUUUUCUGGUGGUUUGAAAAUGUAAAACCUGACUUUGUUCAGCCCAGAGAUGCCCAAGAAAUUAAAGAAGUUAAAUCGGUAGCACAGAAUAAAAGUGGACGACCCACAAUCCCAAUUUCUAACGCAACCAAGAGAAGUUUCAUGACUAGUCCAGCAAGCACACCAGAUCCACAGUCACUGACCCAGGCUUCAUCUGACAGCAGUGGCAAAACAUUCCUGCAAGCAGAAGAGCUUGACAAUGGGAAGGGAAGCACGGCUUUCAGCCCAUCACAUCCCUUAUUGCCUUUGAGACAGAAGCAGCAGAAAACUCAGCAAUCAGAAGAAAGCCCCAACCACAGAGAUCGUUCUAAUUCCUUGACGCGAAGUGAUGCGCCACCUCGUGCUUCAAUAAUUGCAUGGCCUGAGAAAAAACAGAGACCACUUUCACAGCCCACUCCAUUCGCCCUACAUUGUGCGACAGAUGAUGUAGACGCAGCAUCUGGUGACAGUAUUAGUCUUGCUAGGUCGAUCAGCAAAGACAGCCUUGCGUCAAACAUCAUAAAUGCAACUCCAAAACAUCAGGCACAUCCUACGCCCGUCAAGCCUGCUUUAAGAAGCCUUUUGGGAAAUGUAGAGAUUGAGGGUGAUGAGGAAGAACUUGUUGCAUUUAUCAAGUUAGAUGAAACAUCGAGUCAAGGAGAUCUUGAAUUGCAAAGCAUUUCUUCAAGAGCAUCAAGUCAAAUGAACACUCCAAGGUCAACAAGAAAGCCAGCAGACGGAAUAGACGGCAAGCCUGAAAGCUUUUUCUUGGAGCCUUUGAUGCCAGCGGUGCUUAAACCAGCGAAAGAAAAGCAAAUUAUUCCUAAAAGAGAAGAAUAUGGAGAAGGAAAACAAAGAGGUCUUGUCUCAAAACGUCAAAAAGAGGGAAAUCUAUCAUUUUCUAGGAAAAAAGUAAACGGUAACCAUAUGGGCCAUGAAUUAAAUAGGACUUUUACACCAGUUUCUAGUACAGACUUUGCUACUUCAACUGAUCCUGUUAGACCAGAUAAACUUUCACUAGUGACUGGAGGUGAAACAUUUAGACCCCUUGCUACCAGCAGUGUAGUACAGUCUUCUGAUCAGGCUAGCAGUGGAUUCUUUCUACAUGAUUCUGAAACUGAUGAUAUUGUAGAAGACCACCCAUGUAUGGAACCUGUAAAUGUUGAGGAUCCAUGCGACCCAGACUCUACAUGGACAGUAAUAAAGGAUGAUUCUGACUCUGACAACUUGUCUUUAGAAGAAUGUGAGCAAGAACCACCUCCUCCUCCUCCUCCUUCACACACUGUUUGUAAAUACAUUGGGGAAGAGGAAUCUGCCAAGCUACAGGAAGACAUGAAAGUAAAAGAACACAACGACAAAGAUGAUGCAAGCGGACGCUCCAGUCCAUGCUUAAGUACUAUUUCUCAAGUUAGCAGCAUCUCAAUGGCAAGUGGAAGUGUUAGAAUGACAAGCUUUGCAGAAAGGAAAUUCCAGAGACUAAAUAGUUAUGAAACAAAGUCGAGCACUAGUAGCUCCCAGAAAACAACACCUGAUGGCUCAGAGUGCUGUACGCCACCACUGACUACUUGGAGACAAAAGAGAGAACAGAGUCCUGGAAGGCAAAAUAAAGAUCAUGGCAAUAUUCUAGCUUCAGAGCUUGUCCAGCUUCACAUGCAACUGGAGGAGAAGCGUAGAGCCAUAGAAGCACAGAAGAAAAAAAUGGAGUCUCUUUCUGCCAGACAGAGAUUAAAACUAGGUAAAGCAGCUUUCUUGCACGUUGUAAAGAAAGGGAAACCUGAAGGAAUGUCACAGCCGAUAAGGCCUGAACAUUGUACUAAAGAGUACCCUAAGCAAAACUCUGAUGAAUUAAAUACAUCUACUGUAAAGGACAAAGCUGGUCACUAUCUUGAGAAGUUAGAAACUGUAAGCAAACCUUUUGAUGCUUCCAAAGAAGAGAAAAUUCAAGAAACUGUGGCUUUUGUUGAUCAACAAAAUCAAAAGGAUUUGGAAGGCACUGAUUUAUGCAAUAUGGUUGCAAAUAUAAACCCAGAACUAGUAGAAGUUGAUGUGAAUGAAUGUGAUUUGUCCAUUGAAAAGCUAAAUGAAACAAUCAGUACACUUCAGCAGGCUAUAUUAAAAAUAUCCCAACAACAAGAACUUCUUAUGAAAUCUCCAUCUGUGGUGAUACCAACCCUCAAAAAUAACUCACAAGAUCAUAAAGUGAAGUCAUCAGUACAUUAUGUUGAACCAUUAUCUCCAACUGGAGUUGGUGCUGGUCGUAAACCACCACGUUUUGGUCAAGGACGCAACCAUCGCUCAUUACGAUUGUCUGAGCAAAAAGCGUCUAAAGAAAAACCUCAAAACUCCUCUCGUGUAAUUACCCCAACCCAGAAUGUAGAUACUUUGCCACAUUUAAAACCACCACAAACUCUAAAAUCACCUUGUACAACUUCGGAAGAAGGUUUUUUCGACAACGGUUCAGAACAAGGCAGCGCCUAUCUGGAUAAACUUUCACCAGGUGAUUUUAGGUUACAUGAUGAGCCUGACCACAGGACAUUUGUGCUCUCCACUUCCAAAGAUGCAAAUAUUAUUUCUGAGCAAAUGCACAAAGAGGCUUUGAACAAUCUACGAAUAACAGGGGUUACGCCCUCAGAAAGUUCAGGAAAGGAAAACGUCCCUGUCGAUGAGCCACUUAAAGGCAAAUCUAGUCUUAUUGAGGUUGAUCUUUCUGAACUAAAAGAACCUGACGAACCAGAUGGUCUUGAUCACCCAGAAAAAUCUACAGACAUCAUUAGUGAUGAUCAGAAAUCUGGUUUAGGCUUCUUCUUUAAGGAUGAACAAAAAGCAGAAGAUGAGCUAGCAAAGAAACGUGCUGCUUUUCUUUUGAAACAGCAGCGAAAAGCUGAAGAGGCUCGGAUUAGGAAGCAGGUCCUGGAAGCAGAAAUUGAACAAAAACGUGAUGAAGCUCGCCGUAAAGCAGAGGAGGACAGAGUACGGAAAGAUGAGGAAAAAGCCAGGAGAGAACUCAUAAAGCAGGAGUAUCUAAGAAGAAAGCAGGAACAGAUACUGGAAGAACAAGGAUUGGGCAGACCUAAGCCCAAAGCACGUCCUAAGAAACCUCGGCCCAAAUCAGUCCAUCGUGAAGAAUGCCACAGUGAUUCUGGAACAAAAUAUUCUUCUACACCGGAUAAUCUAAGUAGCGCACAGUCUGGCUCAAGUCUUUCUUUGGCCUCUGGGGCAACUACAGAAGCUGAAAGUGUCCAUUCUGGGGGAACGCCCUCUCACAGGGCUGACUCUGUAGAAACCUUGUCAGUAAUGAGUAGACAUCAAAGUAGGAAUGCAGAACGAGACUGGGAAAAUGCUUCAACUGCUUCCUCCAUUGCAUCUGUGGCAGAAUAUUCAGGUCCAAAACUAUACAAGGAGCCCAGCAGUAAGUCAAAUAAACCAAUAAUUCACAACGCUAUAUCCCAUUGCUGCUUGGCUGGAAAGGUGAACGAAGGACUGAAGAAUUCAACUCUGGAGGAGCUAGAGAAAUGUGAUUCAAACCAUUACAUAAUCCUGUUUCGUGACGCUGGUUGCCAAUUUCGAGCACUUUAUUCCUUCUAUCCUGACACUGAAGAAAUCUGCAAACUAACUGGAACCGGCCCAAAGAACAUCACAAAGAAAAUGAUUGACAAACUUUAUAAAUACAGUUCAGACAGAAAACAGUUUACUGUAAUUCCAGCCAAAACAAUGUCUGCCAGCGUGGAUGCUGUCACUAUUCACAACCACUUAUGGCAAACCAAGCGACCUGCGUUGCCAAAAAAAAGCCCUUUGUACAAGUGACACGUGUUGAGCAAAUGCAGUUGGAUUGAUUGGUUUGAGAGGCAAUGUUUACUUCUUUUUUUUUUUCCUCCAGUGGAUAUGAACAUGUGCAGCACUUUGAAUGUUUUUCAAAGGGAAUUUUAAGAAGACGGUUUUACGCAGACAAUACGAAGAAUAAUCCCUUUGCUGUUGAAGAGCUCCGUGACCGAUUAUGCUCCAUCCAGCACCAAACGGAUUAAGUGAAAGGAUAUAAAAAUUGUCAGUUUUAUUUUUUUACUUUUUUCUUUUUUUUUUUUUCUUUUUUUUUUUUUUGAACGAAUGGGUGAUGCCUGCUAAAAUCUUAAGCCUGACUUACUCUUUCAACGGAAAGACUGUGCAUGCAGCAACAAAUAUCCCAUGGAUUACCUUUUACUUGAAGUGCUCAUAUACCUACAAACAUCUGAGAAUAUAGUUAUUCUGGAAUCACAUAGCAGGAUAUAAAAAGAAAAAAGAAAUCCGGCAGACUUCCGGCUCUAAAAAUCAGUUUGCAGCUUGCAAUUUUGUUUGCCAAUAUUUUAGCCAGGGGAGAUAUUUAACCUUGCACAUAAAGAAAAUAAAAACACCUUAGUUAUCUUACAAUAACUAUUGGCGCUCAAAUAAUCUGUAGUAUAUUCAGCUGCAAUUCAGACUUGAAUGUGGGUUAAAACCAUGAGUGAUAUAAUAUGUUUGGAACACCUUGGAUAUUGUUCCAUACACCUAUUUUUUUUCCCCCAUGUUAAAAUUCAUUUUUAAAUUAUUAUUAUUAUGAGAAGUAAGCCCCAACAACGUUUGUGGUAUAGAAGUAGUUCCACACUGAACACGGUACUCCUGCCUAUAUACAUCAUUAUGGUGCACUUAAACAAAUCACAUUUUUUUUAAUGGUUUUAAGAUGUCUUCAGAUGUAAUCUUAUCCUUGUUCCUGUAUUAUACAAUAUGAGAAGCACACCUUCCCAGAGUGUGUGUACGCUGUUGAAUUUGUUUUGUUUAUUUUUGGGCUGACAUAUUUAUUAUUAUUAAUAAUAUUAUAUUAAAACCAAUUAUAUUUUUUUGGUUUGUCUUAUUAAAAAAGAAAAUAUGAUUUUCAAUAAAAAAAUGGAGUUUUGUUUUAAAAUUCCAAAGAUUAUUUUUCUGAUUAUGCUAGUAGUCUGGCUGGAAUGGUAAAACGUUCAGAUUUAAAUUAUAGAAAACACUACAUGCUGUUUGUGGUUUUUCAAUUUUUUUUAAUGCACUUUGGACAUGCUGAGUUUUAAAGCAUUUUGUUUAACAUGCCGUGAAUUCCAUAGGUAUGUUAGAGAUCUGAUUAAAAUCUGUUUUCAUCUAUUUGUUUGCACAUGUUUAGAUUUUAUUUUUAAAGUAUUACUUGAAAUAAAAUAUUGGUACCCAAGGGGGCGCUCCUGCUCCAUUUAACAAAUAAAUAAAACGCUCUUCCUCUACCACUACAUGACAACCCUUUGGACAUAAUUCUGACCAGAGUUUUCAGUUACAGUUUUUCCAUCUUUACAUUAUUAGAGAUUUAUGUAUUUUUUUUAAUAUAUAUAUAUUUUGUUCAUGAUUCCUAGGUGUAUGUAAAUAACCAAAUGGUUUAUAAUUUUAAUGUGCUAAUUUUUUCUGUUAUCAUGCUUUUUUCAUGCUUGCGAUGCCCUCCUUUCACAUCUGAUAUGAUACCCAUAUUUAUUUUAUGAAAGCACUGAGAUUAAAAUAAAAUUAAAUAAUGUUUUUCAUUUA